CGGAUCCGUUAACAGGCCCUCUGCUCCCGGCGUCUAUUUCUACAGCGUUUGGAGAAGGGGGAGUCUGUCAGUCAGAGACAGAGGUCGAGCCGUGGAGUAGAUCUCGCGGCGCCGGACAGGUUCCUGCCGGCUCCGGCGACCUCCUCGUCGUUGAGUACGUGCAGCAGCCCGGGGAGGUGCCAAAGGCUGGAUCUCGCAGAACAAGGACAUGAGGUACUUGGGCAUGGAAUGGGAAUCACAAUUGUUCUGGUGGAAAUGAAGAAUGUCCUCUAUUAUUUGGCUGCUACCAUCGAUGUUCUUUUAGAUUGAACAUUGCCAUGAUCGUUUCUCUACGCAACGAAUAUAUUAGAUCAAGCAUCAUGUCAUGGACACCAUAAGACUUUUCUGCGUUGAUAGUGAUGUCUACGGGUUGGAUUGUGCUUCUGUUUAUCAGCUCACUGAAGUAACUCUCCUAGCUCAAAUGGGUUAAUUUCGUGUUUACAUGAUACACAAAUCUUCAGCUAUCCAUCUUCAUAUGAAUUGGUCUCGCUUAAUUUUGUAAUCUUCUGGAUAUAUGCUUACGUAUAAUAAAUGAUGUGAAGAUAGAUCAUAGGACAAAACCAUAAUCUUUAGUCUUAAGCAAGUUAGGGUAAACUAGAGAAGUAGAGAUAGAACACAACAGAAGCCACACACACAAAUGACAUGGAAAGCAGCAAAGAAAUAGUAAAAGAAGCUCUUGACUUGUAGAUUAUGUCAAAGUGAUAAUCUAGAGUCAAGCUUCUUUUACUAUUAGUUUCGAUCUACCUUGCCAUCUAUAGGAUUAGUUAUUAUAUCUAAGUAUGUUUUCAGAAGAUUAGAAGAUUAAGCAAGGUCACUUGAUAGGUAAACUGAUAGCCGAAUGUUUUGUUUAUCAUGGAAAACCAGAGAUUAGCCUAUUUAAGCUCGGUGAUAGAGUUACUCAAUGAGAUCAUAAAUAGAAGCAUGAUUCAACCAAUAGACAUCAAUUUGAUGAAGGCAUGAAAAAUCUUAUUGUGUUAUGAUAUGAUGAUUGAUCCAAUAUGUUUUUGCCAAGUGAAGAAAAACACUAACAUUGCACUGAGUGAAAGCGAUCUAUACAAAGGCAAGAUUUGAAUAUUAUCCACCCGAAAGAGAAUGUCAGAUAUGACCACCAUCAGAAGAAGCAACAAUGCCACAAGUGAGCUCUCUUGUAUAUCCACGUGCUAUUGUCGAUUCAGUGUCGCGUAUGUUGAGCGUUUAUGUUCUACAUGUGUUAGAUUUAGAAUAUUGUGGUGAGCACUUCCAUUCUUGCCAAUUGAGAUGGUGAGGCUCAGGAACACUGCAUUUGCCAUGGUGUUUUGAUUUGUCUUCUGCAGCAACAUGAAACUCUCAUUGUAAUUGUACCCACUUAUGCCUGAAUACUGCUAUUACUUCAGUUAGAUUCAAGAAGCACCAAGUUUCUGCAGCGCUCCUGCAUUUUGCUAAUGAUGAACUUCCUUCUCCAUUUCUUUCUUUUGUAAGGAAGAGUUAUGUACUAAUGAUGUAUGACUGGCUGGUUAAUUUUCUGUCAAUUCAACAACCAGUUUGUAUGCUGGCCAGUGCAAUUUGGCCGUAUGAACCAUUAGUUAUUAUAUAUGUACUGAUGUCUGGUUUGCCUGCUCUCCUGCAUUCUUCAUUACACUCCAUUGUUUGUAAUAACUUUAUUUCAGACUCGCAACCUAAAAUGUCGCAAGUUUGCAUCUGGGCCUUGUGAGACUAUCAUUAUCUACUAGUACCACAACCGCUGAUGCAUGGGACCCAGCUGUCUGUCAGGCCCGCAAGCCAGUCGGCCUACGCCAUUAUGGUCGUAUCCAAUCUUGGAUCUCGUCAUUAAAUUAGAAUUAUGUACUCCCCAACUCUGGUUUCUAUACCAGUCUAGUUUAUUGUCUAGGACAUGAUAAUUGGCCAGAGUGCCUCCGGAGCAACAACGUAGCACUUCCAGCUCUCUUACACACAAAACACCACGAGAGAGGUCGAGCCAUGGAGAUCGCCAUGGGGGCCAUUGGCCCUCUCCUCCCGAAGCUCGGUGAGCUGCUCAUGGGCAAGCUCACCAUGGAGAAACAAGUAAGGAAAGGUAUCGAGUCUCUCGUAACAGAGCUGAAAUUGAUGCAUGCUGUCCUUAGCAAGGUGUCGAAAGUGCCCGCAGACCAGCUGGAAGAAGGGGUCAAGAUCUGGGCAGGAAAUGUCAAGGAGUUGUCCUACCAAAUGGAGGACAUCGUUGAUGCCUUCAUGGUGCGUGUGGGGGAUGGUGGCGAGUCCACCAACCCGAAAAACAGAGUCAAGAAGAUACUGAAGAAGGUCAAAAGAUUAUUCAAGAAUGGCAAGGAUCUCCAUCGAAUAUCCGAUGCCCUGGAAGAAGUGGUUCUUCAAGCUAAGCAGUUGGCCAAGCUACGUCAAAGGUACGAGCAAGAGAUGCGGGACACUAGUGCUAAUACUAGUGUUGACCCUCGCAUGAUGGCCUUGUACACAGAUGUGACAGAUCUCGUCGGCAUUGAAGAAACACGAGACAAGUUGAUCAACAUGUUGACUGAAGACGAUGAUUGGUCGAAGCAUCCGUUGAAGACGAUAUCUAUUGUUGGAUUUGGUGGGUUAGGCAAGACGACUCUUGCCAAAGCAGCAUACGACAAGAUUAAAGUGCAAUUUGAUUGUGGUGCUUUUGUCUCGGUUUCACAAAACCCUGAAAUGAAAAAGGUUUUGAAGGAUAUUCUCUAUGGACUUGACAAGGUCAAGUACGAAAACAUACAUAAUGCAGCGAGGGACGAAAAGUAUCUCAUUGACGAUAUAAUUGAAUUCCUUAAUGACAAGAGGUACCUCAUCGUAAUCGAUGAUAUAUGGAAUGAAAAAGCAUGGGAGUUACUUAAGUGUGCCUUUUCCAAGGAGAGCCCCGGAAGCCGACUAAUCACGACAACCCGCAAUGUUAGUGUCUCUGAAGCAUGUUGCUCUUCUGAUGGUGAUAUUUAUAGGAUGGAACCCCUUUCUGAUGAUGUAUCAAGAACACUCUUCUGUAAAAGAGUAUUUUCACAAGAAGAAGGCUGCCCUCAAGAAUUAUUGCAAGUAUCCGAAGAAAUUUUGAAGAAAUGUGGCGGUAUACCGUUAGCUAUUAUUACUAUAGCAAGUCUUCUAGCUAAUGGGUCAGAUAUAAAAGCAAAGGAUGAAUGGUAUGCUUUGCUCAGUUCCAUUGGUCAUGGACUCACAGAAGAUCGUAGUUUGGAGCAGAUGAAAAAGAUAUUAUUAUUCAGCUACUAUGAUCUACCUUCAUAUCUGAAACCUUGUCUAUUAUAUCUUUGCAUCUUCCCAGAAGAUCAAGAGAUUAGGAGAGAUAGACUGAUAUGGAGAUGGAUAUCAGAAGGACUUGUUUACAGUGAGAAACAAGAAACUAGCUUAUAUGAGCUUGGUAACAGCUACUUCAAUGAUCUAGUAAACAGAAGUAUGAUACAGCCCACAGACAUUGAUACUAAUGGAAAUGCAGAAGGUUGCCGUGUACAUGACAUGGUGCUUGACCUUAUAUGCUCAUUAUCAAGUGAAGAAAACUUUGUCACAAUACUAGAUAUAACAGCAGAAGAAAAACCUAACUCAGAGAUCAAGGUUCGCAGAUUGUCCAUUCAAAAUAGCAAGAUAGAUGUGGAUACCACUAGGAUGGAGCAUAUGAGAUCUGUUACUGUUUUCACAAGUGAUGUUGUUGGGAAAGUGUUGGAUAUUUCAAGCUUUCAAGUUCUGCGCGUGUUGGAUUUAGAAGGUUGUCGUGAUGUCUCAGAUGUUGGAUAUGUGGGGAAUCUGUUACAUUUGAGGUACUUGGGGCUAAAAGAUACUCGUGUUAAGGACCUUCCCAUGGAAAUAGGGAAGCUGCAGUUUUUGCUUACCUUGGACUUAAGAGGUUCUAAUAUAAAAGUACUGCCAUCGAGUGUUGUUCAAUUAAGACGUCUAAUGUGCCUGUAUGUUGAUUAUGGUAUGAAGCUGCCAUCUGGAAUAGGUAACCUGACUUCCCUGGAAGUGCUAGAUGAACUGAGGUUAUCUGGCGUGGACCUUGAUUUUGUGAAAGAAUUGGGCCGUCUGACCAAGCUCAGGGUGCUCCGGCUUGACUGUGAUGGUUGUGAUGAGAGCCUGGGUAAAGCUUUGGAGGAAUCCAUUAGUAAUAUAUACAAACUGGACAGUCUAGAUGUAUUUGUCGAUGAUGGACUCAUCAAUUGCCUGAGCGAAGAUUGGGUGCCUCCUCCACAACUCCGUAGAUUGGCUUUCCCGGCAAUUCAAAGUUGGUUCGAGACAUUGCCGUCAUGGAUUAAUCCUUCAUCCCUUCCUCUCCUCUCCUAUCUGGAUAUAACGUUGUUUGAAGUGCGACCGGAGGUCAUCCAACUUCUAGGGACUCUGCCUGCUCUUGGUUAUCUUGUUAUAUGGAAUUAUUCUAGGCCCAAAGAAGCGCAUGAGGUGGAAGCGCCCGUCCUUUCCUCUGGUGCUGCGUUAUUCCCAUGUGCGACGGAGUGCGGCUUCUAUGGUAUUGGUGCCGUGCCGUCUAUGUUUCCACGAGGUGCAGCGCCAAGGCUUAAGCACCUUCGGUUCUCCUUGCCAGCGAAGUGGAUCUCCCGUGAAAACUUUGAUUUGGGCAUGCGCCACCUUCCUUCCCUCCAGCGAGUCAGCGUUGAUCUUAUCAAGGAGGGAGCCAGCAUUGCAGAGGUGAAGGAAGCGAGGGCUGCACUGAUGGCCGCAGCGGAGGACCACCCCAACCGUCCCGCCCUUGCUAUAUGGUGACGCAUGCAAAGGGAAAGGCGGACGAAGCGAGGCAUGCGAUUGAGGUUCGCUAGAUACUCCUCCACGAUUUUGUACAAGUGUUUUCACACGAAGUGUUUUAUUCCUCUCCUCUUCCGUUUUUCAGUUUCAGGCAGCCGGAGUGCUUAGGCUGAUUCGUCGAAUCUUGCACCCAGGUAGCACACUCGAUCAGACUAUGAGUUAAUAAAUUUCGCCGACAUGGACUCGAUCGUGCGUGCCUCUUUCCAACCAAUACAGUCGAGCACACUGCGCUUGCCUUGCCGUUUGAUCUGUCUUUGUUCCGCAACGAGAUGAAGCUCUCAUUCUGUCCAUCCAUGCCUGAAGUCUCUUCUUGCUUCCAUCAAUUCAACAACAAUCAAGUUUGUAGGGCGCCCCCUGCAUUUUGCCCUGAUGAACCAUUAGUUAUCAUGUACUGAUGAUGUCUGAUUUGGAUGCUCUCCAGCAUUGUUCAUUACACUCCUAUAUUUGUAACAACUUUAUCUCAGACUCGAUGUUUAUUCCAGACUCGUGAACUAUACUGUCAGAGUUCAGGUUGUAAUAUGGUCUGAAGUUUAUCUUCCAUCUGUCAUGUUGGUUUGAUCAAAUAAAUCGUGAACUGUAGCUUGAA